AGUUACUGUUUCCCUUCCUUAUAUAUCCCUGCCCUGAGGCAUAAAUGCAUUGGAAAAUCUCCAGCACAAGCUCGCAGAUCUCAGAGCAGCCCAUCCACCAAAGCAACCAUAGUGCACCUGCACCCUGGUUCAUAGCAGCAAUGAGUAAGAAUACUGAGGAAGAUCAGCUCAAAGAUAGGCUGGAGCAGUUGAGAUGCCAUUUUACAUGGAAGUUGCAAAUUCAAGAUGCUGAAAUGACUGAUUUAGAAAACAGGGUCUUCGAUGAAAUUGAGUUCCUAGACACAGAAUGUAGUGUGGUGAUGCACAACCUACUGGCCUAUGUGAAACACCUGGAAGGCCAGAAUAAGGAAGCCCUGCAGAGCUUGAAACAAGCUGAAGACUUGAUCCAGACAGAACAGGAUGAUCAAGCACACGUGAGAAGACUGGUUACCUGGGGCAACUACGCCUGGCUGUACUACUACAUGGGCAGACUGGAAGAAGCCCAAAUGUAUUUGGACAAGGUGGAAAGCACUUGCAAGGAGUUUACCAGCCCCUCCUGCUACAAAGUGGACAGUCCACACAUGGACUGUGAGGAAGGAUGGGCCUUGCUGAAGUGUGGAGGAAAGAACUAUGAACGGGCUAAAGCCUGCUUUGAGAAAGCUCUGGAAGUGGACCCUGAGCACCCAGAAUUCAAUGCUGGGUAUGCAAUUGCUGCCUAUCGUCUGGAUGGCUCCAAGAAACCAUCUCAGACCCUACACACCCUAAAACAGGCCCUCAGGCUAAAUCCAGAGGAUGCUUAUAUUAAAGCUUUCCUUGCUAUGAUGCUUCCAAAUACAGGACGAAAAGCUGAGGGAGAGAAGUACGUCAAAGAAGUGCUGGGCAGCACAUCUUCCCACACCUGUGUCUUUCGAUAUGUGGCCAAGUUUUACAGAAGAAAAGACUCCUUAGAGAAAGCUCUUCAGUUCUUAAAAAUGACUUUGCGGGCAACACCCUCCUCUGCCUUCCUGCAUCACCAGGUAGGGCUUUGCUACAAGACACAAAUGAUUCAAAUAAAGAAAGCUAACCACUGGAGGCCCAGAGGAAGAAAUAAAGAAAAUGUGCACAGAUUGGUUAGGAUGGCUAUAUGGGAAUUUGAAAAGGCUUUGAAGCUACAACCCACAUUUCAUCAGCUGUAUAUUGAGCUAGCUGAGAUGUAUGCAGAACUGGGCCACCACAGAGUGGCUGAGGACACUUUUGAGAAACUGUUGAGCAUGGGGGUCAAUGAUGAUUAUCUACAGCAACAGAUUCAUUUCUCCUAUGGCCGAUUUCAAGAAUUUCACAUGAAAUCUGAACUCAAUGCAAUUAGCCAUUAUUUAAAUGUAAUAAAAAUAGAAACCUCAUCAUUUACAAGCAAGAAAAGUUUCACUGCUUUGAAGAAAUUGGUUUUAAAGAGCUGUCAAAGAAAUGGAGAAAACACACUAAAGUUGAGGAUCCUUGGGUUGGUCUACAAAUUUCAAGGAGAAAUGGAAAAAGCCAUGGAGUGUAGCCUGUGGGCCCAGAGUCUGGCUACUGAGAAAGAACUGUGUGGGAGGUGA